UUGAGGCUUCCUAAUCUGGUUCUAUCAGGUUUUCUGGAGGUUAGCCUCGUUCUAACCAAAGCCAUGGCCUCCAAGCAGAUGGUGCAUAUGAACCAAGGACAAGGGGAAAGAAGUUAUGCUCGCAACUCUGGUAUUCAGAAUGCUCAGCAGAACAGGAUGAAGCUCCUGAUAGAAAGAGCCAUCAUAGACUUAUGCAGCAGCACCUUGUUACCUGAAACAAUGGUGAUCGCGGACUUGGGCUGCUCCUCUGGCCCAAACGCGCUGGCACUGGUAUCGGUCGUUGUCGAGGCGAUCCAUGGUUACUGUCUUCAGUUCCAGCAGCCACCACCGGAGCUAUGCGUGUUCCUCAACGACUUGCCUGACAACGACUUCACUACAGUGGUGAAGAGCCUUGUCACACUCCGUCGAAUUAACGACCCUGUUGUCGUGACGGGAGUCGCACCGGGGUCGUUUUAUGAGAGGCUCUUCACCAGUAGCUCAGUGCAUCUUGUGUGCUCGUCCAGUAGCCUGCACUGGCUCUCAAAGGCUCCUGAAGUUCUAAGGAGGAACCAGUUCCCGGCUUACUACAUUGAUGAGCAUGUUAGGCGUGAAAAGCUCCCUAUGGUCCUUGAGGCUUAUGUACAGCAGUUUAGGAAGGACUUCAAACAUUUCCUGGAACUGAGAGCCAAAGAAUUAGUCCCGGGAGGCCAGAUGGUUGUUUCCAUUAUAGGAAGGCAUUCUGAUGGCAUCGCCCCCUUUCACAUCUGGGACAUCCUUGCUCAGGUUCUAAGCCUUAUGGCCUCAGAGGGUGUAAUCGACAAGGCGAAGUUUGAUUCUUUCUACGUGCCAGUCUAUGGACCUUCAAAGGAAGAUUUAAGGGAGAUCAUCCAAGAAGAUGGUUCCUUUUUCAUCAAGGAGUUUCUGGUGCAUGAUUUUUUAAGCGACCUAGACAGUGCACUCGUCACCCCAAGCUGGAUCGCCAACCAGAUAAGAGUUGUGUACGAACAGAUAGUCGUGCAACAUUUUGGGGAUGUGAUGGACGAAUUCGUGAGGAUCGCGGAGCGGCGCUGGAGCCUGGAUGCAAGCUUGCUGCAGCAAGACCAUGCCGGAUUAGCUAUGCUGACUCUGUCGGUCGCCAAGGCCUGAUGGAUUGAUGGUCUUGGCCGGUGGUGUGACUGCUUUGCUUUUUCAAAAGGUGCGCCACAUUUGAAUGAGACUGAGCCGUUGGUUUCUUCAAGGCAACGAUGUCAACAGUUUCCUUUGAUCUUGUUACUCAGGAUGGUGAGUUGGUGGCUGGUUUGGAAGGCAAUAACAUGUUCGCACUUCAUUAAUCUAUUUGCAUAUUGGAGUGGGCUUUCUUGUGUCAUACUAUGUCAUUGCUUCUCUUGUAUGUUUAUGGAUUUUAUACAUUUCUAUUAUUUUUUCAUUUGAAUGGACUAUUCUAUAUA